AUGGCAGGCGCAGCAGGGACAUUGGCACAGUCCCCAUACUCCACCUUUGCCGAUAUCCUCUCUCGGUACCACAGCCAGUACACAGAAGCUGGUCCUUCCUCGGCUCAACUCGACACACCCAUCCCUUACGAUGUUGUCUUGGAUCAGGACAAUGGCAUGAUUGAGGCUCUCAUGGGAAGCCUGGAGGGAUACCUCCAAGCUCACCGCGCCAACUCGUCCGCCCCCAUGCCCUCGGAGGAGUACGAGUCCAUGCUGCUCGAGCACCGCACCUGGGCGUUGAUACGGGCUGUUUACGACAACCGACUGCCCCGAGCCGACCCAGCCUUCGUUGCGCCGUCGGCGUCUGAACAGAUUCGCGAGUCCCCAUACACCCCGCCAGAGGAGCUUGUCCAGACCAUUGUCAACGAGGACUCUGAGCUUGCCCUGUGGGCUACGCUUGUGGGUCAUCUGCAGAGCAGGCCACUCUUCACCUCUCCACCACCCAUCGAGUCCCGUACCGGUUACCUUCCUUCCACCAUGAGGCGCGCCAAGGCCGCUCGUUUGAACAACGGAGCGGCAGUCACAACCUCGCUUGACCCCGACUUUACCCUGCGCGAUCCCCACGGACAGAGCCUUGCUGGCGAGGACCAGACAUACCAGGCUCCUCUUCUUGAGACCCUCUGGGACCUCGUUCGUCAUGGAGAGCUUGACCAGGCCGUCAAGGUCUGUGAAGAGGGCGGCGAGCCUUGGCGCGCUGCGUCGCUUAUGGGCGGCAGGAGGUGGAACAUGAGCGGAUUGACGAACGACAGUCUGACGGGAUCGGCAAUGGAGGGCAACCGCACCCGCGCAUUGUGGAAGAAGAGCUGUCGCGCGAUUGCAAAGAACCCUACGCUCUCUUCUUCCGAGCGCAGCCUUUACGCUGCACUCAUCUCGGACCUGCAGUCCCUUCUUCCCGCGUGCCAGUCGUGGGAGGACCAUCUUUGGGCCCACAUCACUCACCUUACCGAGAAGCGCCUCGAUCGCCGGUGCAGCGAGCUGGGCGGCUUCUGGCAGGCCGAGGACCAGCUCCGUGGCCGUGACGACGAAGAGGCUGUCGACGUCGCCCACGGUGGCCUUGACCAGGUGUUUGCCAGCAUUGCCUCUGUGCAAUCUGGAGACGUCGCGAACGCUUCGCAGAACCCGUACUACGUGGCACAAAAGAUGGUGAUCCUUGGUCGUGCCGAGUCGCUCCUCAACACCUUUGCCGACCGCAUCUCCGGCCUCGAAGAGUCGGUGGCUCCCGAACUCAUUGGUCCCCUCAUGCGUUUCUUCGCACACCUCGUUCUCGUCCUCCGGUCCUUGAACCAGCCUGUUCCCGAGUCUGCCGCCAACUACAUUCUUGAGGCUUACUUGAGCAUUCUCAAGCGCGAGGGCAAGGACUCACUCGUGGCCAUGUACGCCGCGUGCCUCCGCGAGGGCAACGGCGAAGAGAGCUAUGCUCGCUUCCUCCGUGGAAUGGAUCCCAAUGCCACCCGCGAGGUCAAGCAGGAAGCCCUCCUCCGCGCCAAACAGUACAACCUCAACGUCACCAUCAUCGCCAAGCUUACCGUCAGCGAGAUUCUGAAGUCUGAGUUUGAGCACAUCCCUGCACUUGCGCUUGGCCAGCCUGACAUGACCACGUUCUCGACUGGUCUGAGCGAGCGCGACGUGCGCCUCAUCCGCUCAAUCGAGUGGCUAACCAUGGUCCCCGAGACAUACGACGAAGCCCUGCUGCGGUCCAACGAUGUGGCGCGGUACUUCCUCGCUCUUGGCCAGGCCACAGCCGCCGAAGCGUUGCUCAGGACGCUCCCGGCCGAGAUCACCACGGACGCCGGUGACGACGAUGACAGCCAGCUCCUUGAGCACGACAGCUAUCGACGCCUGCUUGGCGUGUUUGCGUGCCAUGAGGCCGUGGAUGAGAUUCUUUCGCAAAAGCCCAAGGCCACCGCGACCAAGGUCGACCAGCACAACUGGCGCAAGCGUCUUCUGUCUGCCAUUGAGAAGACACAUGACCAGACUCGUGCUCUCCUCACCUCGGGCUGGCUGCGAUUCCACAUCUCGUCAAGGACGACAUACAGCUCGCAGCGCCGCAAGGAACUUGCCCGCAUCCGCCAGAUCUUCGUCCCCGACCUCGUCCUGCGCCUGCACAACCGCCUCGUGGACAACCGCGAACUCUUCCCCGCCCUCCUCCAGCGCGCUCUGGACAUGACCAAGCUCGUCGCCGCUGAAGACUAUCACGUGUACGAAGAGUUCCUUGGCUCUGACGACAAGCCCUACCGCCUCGUGGCGUACCUUGACCGCGUGCGUGAGGCAUCGAUGGCCGCCCUGCAGAGCGGCAGUCCCGACCCGUUCAAGGCCGUUGCUGUUGUCCAGGUGCAGUAG